UUCAAGACGCAUGAGAAGGGUUCUUUGGUAAUUCAGCUUUAGUAUAAAAUAUCAAGACAGGUGUGUCUUGUUCGUCUUCCCAGUGUUCAUCAUCAGAUCUCUUGGUUUUUACAUAUCUAAAUGGCGUCCUGUGUUGCUCAUCUUACUCUCUCAGGUUGGUCUCAAUCUCAUCUUGUGAAAGCAAAUGGACUGUCUACUACAAAGCUCAAUUCCAAUUGUAACACUUCUGUAUUGACUCUUCAGACGAAAUCAAACCGGAGUCGCAAGUUUACAGUUUCUGCACGGUAUGGAGACGAAGGGAAUAGGAGAGGAAGUGGUGGUGAUUUCAUAGCUGGUUUUAUUCUAGGAGGUGCUGUGUUUGGCGCUGUCGCGUAUAUCUUUGCUCCACAGAUCAGAAGAUCGAUAAUGAGUGAAGAAGAUGAGUAUGGUUUCAAGAAGCCACAAGAACCAACGUACUACGAUGAAGGUUUGGAGAAAACAAGAGAGACGUUGAAUAAGAAAAUCGAACAGCUUAACUCAGCAAUUGACAAUGUUUCUUCACGGUUAAGAGGUCGAGAAAAGAACACUUCUUCUUCUCCCAAUGAUGUACCUGUGGAAACUGACCCGGAAGUUGAAGCUACGACUUGAGGAAACCAGACAUAUUUCUUCUUCUAUGUUUUUCAUUUGUAACCAGAGUUCAAAAACAGUCCUGAUUUGGUGUUAGUGCUUCACUUUUUUUUUUUCAUUUUUUCUGGUUGCUUCUGUGCUCAGAGGCCUCUGUAGUAACACACUCUUGCAAAGCGAAUUAUACAGUUAUUUGUUGUUCCUAAUGAA